AUGGGUUUUUUCUACAGUGGAUACCACAAACCUAGUGGCAAGAACAUAAGAGACAGAAGAGCCCAAAUAUUUUACGUCUUGGGAUUAUUUGUUCUGCCCACGAUCGUGACUUAUGCAGGGAGCAACUACCACGUGUUGAAUUUUUUCAUUGAUACCUUUAAGCCAAUUGAAGUGCCCAGGGAGGUGGACUUCGACAUAAUUAGGAAGAUAUACCAUAAUAAGAAGCCAACAUCCAAGAGUGCAGAUUAUGAUGAAAAUACUAAUAUGUAA